CAUCAACAGAAUCCAUCCUGUCGCCUCUCCCCCGCAACCUCCUUUCCUGUCUUUCGCGUCACUUUUAGCGUGACUCUGGCCUGGUGUCCUCUCGACGUCUGGUCUUGGUUCCUUUUCCCCCGUUAAAGCCACACAAUUCAUUGUAGUCAUGGGUAUACCAAUGUUCCGCGAGCCCUCCUCGACUGAGGCCGCCAAAAACAAUUCCAUUAAAGACCCCUGUGCCGCUGCGCGCUCGGCAAUCCGUCGCCAGGCCACCAUCCGACGCCCUUCGCGUUACAGUAGUUCCUCCGCUUUACGCAGCGCAACUCUGCGCCCUCCCUUCCCCCGGCCGCUAGUGGAUGAGAUCGAACGCGAAACAAACGGGCUCCAGCGCCAUGUGCGCUCUCCCGUUCCGAACUCGGGCUCCGGCGAUGACCCGUUUGAUCUGACCAGUGGCCUCACGGAUUCCAGCGCACGCGAGGCCGGUCAGCGGCUGCUGAACGAUGUCCUCCGGCAUAGUCGUCCUGGCCAGCGGUUGAGAAUUCCACGUAAUCCGACCGUUCCCGAUCUGUACCGUCGCUCAUCCCCUGGCGACGAUGUGACAAGCCGACAGGACCAAGAGCCACCCUCGUAUACUCCGCGGUUCAACCCUGCAGUCGUACACCAUCGAACUAGUUCCCCUCAAUUGCGCCCGGAUGUCGUGCGUUUGUCGCCUUUUCCCCCGCCUUUUCCCCGACCCGAGAGCUUUGGCGGGGAUGUUGCAUCGAACAUUCCGUUGUUGCGCCGAGUCGGCCAGCGAUCCGUCAACGAGGCAAACCGGGCAAACCGCGAGUCGGCCGUUGAUGGCCUUGGAGAUCGUCAAAGGAGCAUGAGCCCUGAUGAUGACCAUGCCAAUGAUGCAUGGGAGACGCUCUUGACGACCAUCACCCCUGAUACCACCCUUCCUAGCGCGAGUUCUUCUUUCACUUCGGCAUCUGCUGCCGGAACGAACGCUUCAAGAAACGGUACCUCUAGGAGCUCGAUGACCUCUUUCGGCACCCUUCCAAGCUCUUUGGACUCGAACCCGGGAACCGUGCAGAUGGUCCUUGACCCCUAUCCAGAAUUUCUCAACCCGUGUGAUUACUCCAGUUCCACCGAUUCAGAGCUGGAGUCCGACGAGGAGAUCAAUCAGAAUUCCCUGUUCCGACGCUAUCGCCGCCGAAUGCGCCAGAUCGAUUUGCUGAGACGAUCGCACAACAUUCAGCAGCAGUCCACUAUGGGCAACAAUCCUCCUAUUCCUACAAUCUCUCUCGCCAUUCCCGACUCCUCCCCCGACCCCGAUCUUCAGCAGAUGCAGGCCAUCCUGGAUCGACUCGCUCGGAGAGAGGAUAUCCCCGACGACUGGUGGGCAGCGGCCGGGCUGUCUCGGACCCUCGGUCACAGGGCUGGUUCCAACGACGAGUCCACCAACCCCGCCGACAGUACAGACGGACCAUUGAGACAAUCGUAAAAGAAAUCUUCGCAUAAUUUAUGAUUCUGUGUUAAAUAUUUAGCUUUUUGACCAUCCUUUUGCUUUCUUUCCCCUCCGAUCUCGGGAUGCGGGGGGAAAUGCCGGGGUUGAAUGGGGACAUGCUGGGAAGGAUAUUACAUUUCGGCGUUGCUGGUUUCGUUUUAAGCGGUGACUUACAAUUUACAGCAGAGAGUGAGAGAGCACUCGGCAAUGAAGAGGGGUUAUUCAUACUGAUCAAAUUCCCUGUAUUCAUAUUUGUGAGAUUUGUGACAAAUCAACUGUCAAUAUUUGCUGGGGUUUGCAAGGAACUUGUCAAUGGGCAAGACCGCCAAACCUUUGAUAUUGAAUAAUCUGUUGGGGUCUCUGAUAUCUAGAUAGUAUAAAACAGUUAU